GAAAAGAGUAAUAAUGAUGGCGAAGAUAGCUGAAGCAAAAGUGGUGACCACAGAUGUUUUCCAAAAAGGAAGUAUCCAAUGGAAGAAUUUCAAUAUUGACACAAAGUCUCCUUCUUCACCUCCAAAACCAUUGCUGAUAUAUACACCAACUGUGCCUGGUGCUUACACAGUAAUAGUUUUCUACCAUGGUUUCUGAAUUCCACCAAGCUACUACUGUGACCUCCUAUCCCACAUAGUUUCACAUGGAUUCAUAGUUGUUGCUCCUCAGCUGUUCUGCAGUUUGCCUUUGCUUGAAUGCGAUGAAAUAAAGGUUGCAGGAAAAGUGGUGGAUUGGCUGGUGAAGGGGCUUCAACCUUUGCUUCCUGAGAACGUUGAAGCGAAAUUGGAGAAAGUGGUUCUAUCAGGUCACAGUAAGGGUGGACAAACUGCAUUUUCUGUGGCACUAGGAUAUGUUAAAACGAUGCUGAAGUUUUCUGCACUGAUAGGCAUAGACCCUGUGGGAGGAUUAUCUCAGUGUAAGGCUAGCAAAACAUCUCCUAAAAUUCUGACAGGGGUGCCACGCUCAUUGAAUUUGAAGGUUCCCGUUGCUGUAAUAGGCACUGGACUGGGAACAGAAAAGGCUAAUGUUCUUUUUCCACCAUGUGCUCCUGAAGGGGAGAACCACGUGGACUAUUUCAACGAGUGCAAACCCCCUUGUGCAAAUUUUGUUGCAGCAGAUUAUGGACACAUGGACAUGUUGGACGAUGAAACACCUGGGAUAAUUGGGACCGUGCUGUCAAAGUGUUUGUGCAAGAAUGGGAAGGGUCCUAAGAAGUGUAUGAGAAAGACUGUGGGAGGAUUGGUUGUGGCCUUCUUGAGGGCACAGUUGGAUCAACACUUCCAGGAUUUUGAGGCU